CGGUACGCAAGGCUUUUUUCAACGCUUGGACUAUUUUUUCAAUCGGCUCAUAUCUCAUUUCAUUUCUUUUCUCUUGUUUGUUCAUUUUUGUAUUAUCUACUUCUCAGCAUAUCAACAUGCAGCCAAGAACGCCUACAGCUACAAGACCGAUUUCAUGGAAAGACGAUUUUUCGAUAUCGCCACUCUAUACGUCUUCUGAUUUAGACCCUUUUGGAGACAAAAAUGACGAAAUUCGCCGAUGUAUAUCCACACCUUCAUCGAGCGUGUCAUUACCCACCCCAGCACUCAGUGGAUCCACCUCCGAUUCCUCUGAUCUCAAUACGGAUGAAUCCGACAAACUACUCGUCAAACCAGACUCAACCACACACUAUGUACCAAGACGUGUGCAUCGUAUUCAACGUCAUACGUCCGAACACGUAGCGUUGUGGUUAACGUACGCUGUUUCUUCCGUUUUGUCACUGGCGGUGGUUCUAUGCUUCCUUCCGUUGGCAUUAUUUCAAACAGCUGUACGCAACCAUACCGACAAGAAUCGACGAGGAAGUGAUCACAUCCCCAAAAAUGAUCAAGAGUGGGAGGAAACAAAAGAACAGAUUACCCAUGAUGAAGCCUAUUAUGCACGCCACUGGGGUUACAGCUGUGAAGCAUAUGAUAUUACCACACAAGACGGCUACGUAUUACGAAUGUACAGAAUCAAUAAAAAGGAGGCGGAUAUCAAGGGGAAACGAGCGGUUUUGUUGGGCCAUGGUCUUUUCCAGUGUUCCGGCGACUUUGUACUGAAUGAAGACAAGUCUCUGGCUUUUGUGUUAGCCGAUCAAGGCUAUGACGUGUGGCUGGGCAACAAUCGGGCCACGGCAACAUUGGACCAUACCACAUUAUCACAUGAAGAUCCCGAAUUCUGGGACUGGGGAAUCAAGGAACUGGCACUGUACGAUUUUACAGCCAUGAUCGACCAUGUGAGACAAGCGACAGAUAGUGACAAGAUUGCCUACAUUGGUCAUUCUCAAGGAAAUGCCCAGGGUUUUGUGGCGUUGGCACUGCAGCCAGAGAUUGCCACCAAGUUGAGUUGUUUCAUUGCCUUGGCUCCUGCGGUGUUUUCGGGAAGUUUGACAAGUACUUUUCCGAUUCGACUAUUGAUCAAUUUGGACGAUCGGUGGUACAAACUCAUAUUUGGUACGACGGCCUUUUUGCCAUUGAUGAUGACGGCUCAGAAAUGGUUGCCUCCGCGUCCCUUUUCCGUACUGGCUUACAGUAUGUUUGCGUAUUUGUUCUCAUGGUGGGACCGUCACUGGUUACGACGAAGAAAAGUGAAAUAUUUCCAAUUCACACCCCGGCUAGUGAGUUCACGUCUGAUUGCCGACUGGUUGGAAGGAUGGGGCCGACGUGGCGUGUGUCUUCAUCUGACAGGCAGCAAUGGCAGUCAUGCAGAUUUGAAAAAUAGACUUCCAUCGGAAAAAGUGCCUUUGGCCGUUUUUUAUGGCUCCGAUGAUUACCUGGUCAGCGGUGAACGAUUUAUUCGUACUUUUGCCGGUUACGAAAAGUACGAUGCUUCAGGCCAUUUUAUCCCUGAUCCUGUCACCGACCACGCCGAAAACAACCUGUUCCCCAUGUUGAAUCUCAUACAUGUAGAACGGAUUCCCGAUUAUGAGCAUAUGGAUACGAUCUGGGGCCAUGAUAACCUCGACACCACAUACCCCGGGAUAUUCAAAGUAUUAUCAUCAUCAGCACAAUGGGAUAAUAAGAUGUAAUAAACCUUGUUCAUAUCACCUAUUACUACACCGACUCGUCCCCCUCUUCACUGUCGCUAUCGCGAUUUACACGGAUCUGACUUGGUUGGUUCUGCGCAGUGCAACACAAAUCUGUAUCCAAAAAUGGGGACCAAUUUUUUUUUUCU